AUGUCCCGUCCUCUCGACCCAGCGGAAUAUAUAUCGAAAGCAAAGUAUAGAUGGGCCGGUCACAUUAUGAGAAGAAUCGACGAUAGAUGGACUAAAAGAACGUUAGAGUGGAUCCCAAGAGAUGCUCAACGCCCUCAAGGGAGGCCUCGAACGAGAUGUGGUGAUGUGUUCGCUGCACGGAUGGACCAGCUGAGAGCUCGGCUGAAGGACCUCGUCAACAUCGCUCACGAAACAUGGAAACAUGUUGGAUGA